UGAUUACUUGGCAACGCCAAACCAAAACAACGAGUGUGUAGACAGCAUUAGGUUUGAGACAUUUGAUUCCAGAAAGUUACAAGACAUAUUAUAUUUAACAAAUUAGAUACAAUGGAAUCAGAAGGACUUCAUCUAAAUAUUGAUUACGUUGGGACUAGUGGCGUAAUUCUCAGCCCAGAGCAAAAGGCCGCACUUCAAACAUCACUUGUCAUCUUACAGAACGAAAAUAGGUUUCACAAGGUAUAUUUUUGGGGGAAGAUCGUUGGCACCAAAGAUGAUUAUUUUAUUGCACAGGGUGCAGAAAAAGAUGAAUUUAAAGGAAGGAGGACAUUUUACAGCAAAGACUGCAUUAACUGGGGUUUACUUCCACCUGCAACUGAAGCCAUGAAAGAGCAGAGUAAGCUGGCAAAGGGAAGAUUUCUGGGCGAUCCAUCCAAUGAGUUUGAACAUGUGGAAAUUAAGAAGAAUACAGAGGGUGAAGAAGCUGUUGAGGAAGAAGAGACUAUCACCAUCAAGGAAGAAGAUCGGUUGGCCUCGGUUAUUAGUGAAAUUGAUGAAGACGUCAGAAUUGUACCACGUGCAGCGUUCAUCAAAACACCAACAGGAGAAGUUGUAGCAAACAGAAGUUUUGAAGGCCUGAACGUACAAGAAGCAGCCAAACUUUGUAACUACUGCCAUUUCCGGGAGCCAAAAUUAAUAAGUGACAAGACACUGCUGCAGAAAGCCGACAUGGACAAAGCUAUUGACUUCUUGGAUAUUGUGGAAGAGGACAUUCCAAAAGGAUCGUGGAGCCUGCAGUUUGAACGAGGAAGUGGGCUGGUCACUCUCCGCAGCCUACUCUGGCAGGGAUACACAUUUUACCACAUUCCAGGAUCACGCAAAUACGGAUCAGUGUACUUUGGAAAUGGAGAGAAGAAUAUGGAUUUGCCAUUCAUGUUGUAAAUUUACAACCAAUGUGGCUAAUCAUCUGAAGAUGAAAAGAAACUAUUAUCUUUGUUUGAUCUGUAAAUAUAAUAUUUAUACUCUGAAUUUAGUCUCAUCAACAAAAAAUUCAAAACAAAUAUAAAUAAAAUAUAUUGAAAAGGAAGAUAUGAAAUCCAAUGUUGUCAGCGAUAGAUUUUGUUGUUGAUAGUAAUACACGUUUACCUUAGUACAAACCUACUAUUGCAAAAGUUCAGCAGUUUUAAAUGUAGUUAGAUGUGGAUUCCAUUCAAUUUACUAAUAAAAUGUAAAAAGAAAAAAAAACCCAAACAAUUUAGGAGUAAACAAGAUCUGAGGAAAUUUGGUUAAUCUUCAUGGGAGUUUAUGGAAAAACAUUCAACUCUUUGACAGUUUUUGACGGAUAUUUAUCACAUAAAGCAAAAUAUUCAUUGUUUGCAACAUUUGUUAUUCUUCACAGAUGUACAAUGUAUUGUUUGUGCCCGAUCAGUCAGCUUAAUUAUCAUCAGUCAAACCAUAUUGUUUUGACAAUGUCUUUAUUGCAGAACUUUCCACUUUGUAUUUACUAAUUUAGCAAACAUGUUUCAACUGAUGGGCUUACAAAAUACAAUGCAUUAUUCAUGAAUCACAAUCAGUAAGAUCUGCUGUUUCAGUAUUUGUUAUCUCCCUUUAUUACUGUGUACUGUUUACUACUUGUGCAUCAAAUUAUUUUAUUUUGUCUAGGUAAAUCAUUCUCAAGUCUUAAUAAAUAUUACUAUAUAACA